AAAGUAUUGUCGCAGCAGUACGACAGCUUCAGUCUCAAGCAUUUCAAUCAUCUCUGAGUCUCAGACCCAAGAUCUUAAGGUAAACAAGAUACCAGCCUUUUGCAAGGAGGAGCAUGUCAACAGAAGUAAUGAAGAAGAAGCAGAUGGCGUAAUAUAUUUGGACCUUCAAAAAGCCUGUGACAAAGUCCCUCGCAAAAGACUUUUAAAGUAACUAAAGUGUCCAAGGUUUCAUUCCUGUCUAUUUCCAAGAACAAGAGGAUGGCUGCCACUCUAGGACUUAUUUCCAUGCUUUGUUGUGUCAUGUUAUUUCCUAGGUUGCAUGCUCUCAUUUUGUAUACAGAGUCAAACUCAUCAUCCUCACCCAUUGCCAACUUGACUCUGGAUCCCGUAAAACUAAAGCUGACCUGGGACAGCAGUGUCAGUUUUACUGAAUACACCUGUUGUAUGGAAGUAGGCCAGAGUUUCGUAUGCAAAACGGUGUACAAUAAAACCUACGUGUUUAGCAUAAGCCACCCUAAGCCUAUACAUAAGGGGGCAUUAUUUCGAGUUGAAGCAACGCACAACCACACUUUAUAUUCAGCAGCAGGCAGAUUCAUUCCUCAAGGCAUGAAUGGAACAUCUGUUGAAAACUUCUCCUGUGUGAUUUACAACAUUUCCUUCAUGAAUUGCACUUGGAAGGCCGGCAGGAAUGCUCCAGAAGAUACCCAAUAUUUUCUUUUCUGGGGAUACUCAAAGAAAGAAGAUGUACAAGAGUGUCCACAUUACAUAAGAGAUUCACCUGGAAGACAUAUCGCAUGCAGUUUUCAAGAUGUGAAAGACAUUAAAGAGGAAGUUUACUUCCUGGUGAAUGGGUCCAGCAACGAAUCAGAGAUUCAGUUUUAUGAUGAGUACAUCGACUUAUAUGAAAUUGAAAAACUCACUCCUCCAUUAAAUAUCACUGUAAGCUGUUCUGAAGACCGAGCAGAGUGUAUAGUGCAAUGGAAAUGGCCCCAACUAAGCCAUUUGGAAAGAAAUGGAGAUGGCUGCUUUAAGUAUCAAAUUGACAUUCGAAAUAAGAAAACUAACGCCAAUCCCAAGGAAAGCUGCAAUGAGUGUCCUACGGUACCAGGAACAAGCUUCACAUUUCAGAAUUACAAUGUCAAAGAAAAAUACACCUUGCAAAUCAGAGCAAAAGGAUAUAAUUGUCUUAUAAGCCAGAAUUGGGGGGAAUGGAGUGAGCCCAUUGAGUUUGGUAUGGAUGGUAACCCAGAUGAUGCAGUUCUUAUAUAUACAAUUGUUUUACUCCUCAUAGCACUUGGAACAAUCCUUGUGGUACUGGUAAUAUUUUUUCUCUGCAAAAGAUACUGCAGUUUGAAAAAAAUGUUUUCUCCAGUUCCGCAACCAAAAAACAAAUUUGGGGAACUUUUCCAAAUAUCUGAUAAAUAUAUACAGAGGGAAUGGAUGGAUCUACCACCCACAAAAUAUGAAACUGAAGAAAUAACCACCGUUGAAGAAAUUAAGUAACUUCUAAAAGCAAAAUGAAGCAUUUGGAUUCCCCAACUCAAACAACUACAAAUCCUCAUGGCAAUUUUGUAUGUUUGCACACUCGCUCCCUUUCUCUCCCCUACAAAUGUUGCCUGACACUUCUGUUAUAAGACCCUCUUUCAGUUUCUUAUAACUUUGUCGAAUCUGAACAUUUGGACAGAAGCUUUUCCAUGCUGCGUGUCUGCUUGAGGGUGAAUAUUCUUGGAGUGUUUAAAAAAAACAAAACAUUUCAGUAAUUUGUUAGAACAACUUUAGCGAAAAAAAUGUUAUUUUGCCCAUAUUAAAAGACCUCUUACAACCUUUUCAUUUACAAUCUCUAGUACCUCCCUGCUUUGAAACUGGUGGAAAUUCAGCAGGGGUGUUGCUGUGGUGACAAGAAUGUGCUUUAUUCAUCCUUAAGAAUAUCAACCCAAAUUUGGCCAAGUUAUGAAACAAAAAAGGCAUUUAAUACAUGGGUCAUUGCUGUGUUUUCUGUUAUUGUUGUUCUCUUCUCAUUGAAUAGUGGGCCUACCAUAGAAUCAUAGAAUAUUAGGGUUGGAAGAGACUUCAGGAGGUCAUCUAGUCCAAUCCCCU